CUAGCUCAGGUGUAUGGGCCUAUGGAUACUGAACUUUCUGUCCUAAACCGUCUUGGAAUCUAGACCCCUUGAUCAACGCGAUACAUGAAUAGUAAUGCUCGUCAUUGACCAGGGUUCUAGAAGUUCAAGCUUGGCUGCUCUAUUGCUGGCUAUGGCUCUAUAUGAGGACCAGAAGGAGCUGCAACCAUUCCCUCUUGCAAAGAAACAACGGCAAAUAUAUGUCCAUGUUUAUUUGUUAUCACAGCCUGUUACCUAUGUAAAUGUCUAUAUUCUGGAUACACGUCCAGUGCAGCAGCGUCACACAAGACCUUGUUUUUGGCAAGAGAAAACAUGUUGUGUCGGAUGAACACCCAUGAUCAAUGUUCCGUCUAGUAGUUCCCAGGUGAAAGUCCGAGGUCUCUCUUUCUUGGCUUACCCUCUCAAAUGCCC